AUGUUUAAACGUAGCAUGUUAUUUAAAAAUAUAAAUUAUAAACAAAUCAGACUUCUUCACCAACUGCAGCUGGAUAAAGGGAGUUAUUUGUAUCACCCAGGUAAUGAACCUCUAAAUUCCGCUAAUUUCGGGGAGGUCUUCGAAAGAACGGUUAACAAAUAUCCCAAUAGAAUCGCCAUCAAAUCUAUUCAUGAAAACCAGAUUAUCACUUAUGCGGAAUUAUUGGAACAGGCGGAUUCCCUGGCGUAUGGACUUAGAAAUAAUGGUUUUGAAAAAGGUGACCGAUUUGGUAUUUGGUCUCACAACUGUGCGGGGUGGAUUAUAGCAUCUAUAGCAGCGUUCAGGGCUGGCCUAAUAUCUGUGCUAAUUAACCCCCUUUACGAAGCUCCAGAAUUAAGUUACUGUAUAAAUAAAACGGGUUUAAAGGGUCUUUUAGUGGGGGAUGAAUUACCAAGUAAAAACUAUUACAAAGUGUUGCAACACAUGAUACCAGAAUUGGCGUCAGCAAAGCCGGGGAACCUCAAGUCGAGUAAAUUUUCCAGUUUGACAACACUCCUUACGACUGGAAAGAUGAAUUUGAAAGGUGCCUUUACAUUAGAUUCGUUAAUAAACGAAUAUAAGAAUAACGAUGUUUCUCAGUACGUGAAAGAAGUUAAAUCGGACGAUGGCUGUUUAAUUCAUUUCACAUCAGGCACUACUGGAUAUCCCAAAUGUGGAUUAGAUUCAAACCGAGGAAUAGUUAAUAAUACGUACUUCUCGGGAGUAAGAAAUGGUUUCAACGAAGCACAUGAAAUUAUUUGCGUACAAGCUCCACUCUUCCAUGCCCUAGGAUCUGUGAUCACCUUACUGGGCGGGUUCACACAUGGCGCUUCCCUUGUACUGGCGGCGCCAUCCUACAGCGUUACGGCUACUGUAAACGCAUUACUUGCUGAAAAAUGUACAGCAAUAACGGGAACUCCAACAAUGUAUGUGGACAUUCUCUCUAAAGUAAAGAGUACAGGUGAUUUACCUAUUAAGCUACGGAUGGCACUUGCAGCCGGUGCACCUUGCAGUCCUGAACUCAUACAUCAAAUGAAGAAAUACCUAAAUGUUCAAUCAGUCAAGGCUCUCUAUGGUAUGACAGAAACUACGGCGAGUGUUUUCCAAUCACUCCCUGGUGAUAAUGUUGAUGUUGUUGCUGAAACGGUCGGCUACAUUAUGGAUCACGUAGAAGUUCAGGUGGUAGAUAGUAAUGGAGUUAGGGUUCCAUUCGGCGAGGCGGGUGAGCUGAUGGUCCGAGGUUAUUUGAACAUGAUUUCAUAUUUUAAUGAUCCAGAAAAAACAAAGGAAACUAUUACCGAUGACGGAUGGUUGCAUACUGGGGACAGAUUCGUAAUUUCCCCGAAUGGAUACGGGCGUAUAGUUGGUCGCAUAAAAGAAAUAAUUGUGAGAGGGGGAGAAAACAUAGCACCGAAAGAAAUAGAAGAUUUGCUAAACACCCACCCUGAUGUUAUUGAGAGUCAGAUUAUUGGAGUAUCAGACGAAAGAUUAGGUGAAGAGCUUUGUGCGGUUAUGCGGCUCAGAGAUGGCGCUGUGUUCGAUGUUAAAGAAAUGUCUUCGUUUUGCGCAGGAAAAAUUUCUAAAUUCAAAAUACCAAGGAUUCUGAAAACAACAAAUGAGUUUCCGAAGACAGCCUCCGGAAAAAUACAGAAGUUUAUGCUAAAAGAAAUGGUCGAAAGUGGAAAAUUGUGA